GCGUGAUCUCCCGAUUUCGUGCUUUCUGCAUACACAUAUACAUCACAGGGGCCGCACAGCUCUAAUUGCCUAAUAAUAGCAGACCCUGCAGAGAGCAGCAGGGAAACAUGAUGGAACCUUCUCCAAAAAAAGCCAGGCGGGAGACAACCCUGAUCCGUGUCUGUGAUCAGUUCACACGGACAGAGGUCGGCAUUAUAUGUCCUGUUAUCAAAGCAGAUAACUCUGUACGAGUCCUCUACAAACUCCAAAAGGAAUUACUAAGAAAAGUGAUUGAAGAAGCCGGGAUGAUGUUCGGAUUGACUGUGCGGGAGAUUGAUCUAGUUCCAUCAGCUUCAAGCACAGAGAAUGAAGGCAACUUGUUCAUUGAAUUUUUUGGACCACAGCGCAAUGAUUACAGGAGCUUGGAGGAAAGACUGCAAUCACAAUUAACAGACAAAUUAAAAGUAAAGUCCAUUGAAGUACACAAAGUUCCAGACAGAAGCCAAGUCAUCCCACAGCCAAUUAUUUCAGAAUUUGACUUUGAAAUGUGUAAACUGAAGCUGUGCUCCAAAGAACUUGAUAAAAUAUCAGAAGAAUCUCCAGAACGAGCUGACCUAUUCAUUGCAGCUGAUAACAUGAAAUCAGAGUUGGAAGAGCUAAGAGAGAACUACACCAAGUUUGCUUUGUUGUCUCAAAAUGGUAGAGGAAAAAGUUACAUCCUCAACCUCCUGAUGCUUAUGACAGCGGAUAACGAAGAGGAAUAUUUAAAAAACAACAAGAAUUUAAACUUACCACAGGACUUUAAAGAUAAUACAUUGUUGGAAAACUUAACUGAAGCGGAUCAUACGAAUCUCCCAGAAGUGGUGAAAGACUUCAUUAAAUCAGUUGCAAACAAGAAAAAGGAUUUCAAAACAUUAUUGCAGUGUGUUUGUCACCAGCUACCAAAUGUCACGAACAUUGAUUCAUCAUUGAAAUCUCUUUCAAGAAUUGAAAGUUACUUUUCCAGCAAUGCAAGAUUUAACAUUGACCCCUACUUUCUCCCACAGAAAGGAAUUGUGGGAAACUAUGAAUCUACAACAAAAUGUAUCAUUCAUUUGAGAUAUGGAAGUCUUUAUCAAAUGAAAGUGGACUAUUUUAGUGAUGAAGAACUUAAACAACAAUUAUUUGAGCUGGUCGCAAUGGAUAAAUGCGACAACACAAACGAAAAUGAAAACAUAAAAGAAAAAGCUCAGGAAUGCCUACAAGCGAGAUAUGAAAUUCUAACUGAUGAAAUAUUUUCUAAUACUAAUAAGGACACAUUACGCACCCCUGAUGACAUCCCACUUUCAAAUGAAGUUUUGGAAUUUGCAGGAAAAACAGAAUUAUAUCUGGGACUAGGUAGAAAUUCUACACAUGAUCGUCUUGCCAUACAGAGUGCUCUGAAGGGACUGACAAAUCCUCAAGAAGAUGAUGAAAGUAAGACUGAAGAAAUGAAAAAGAGGAUUGCUGCUGUCAAAGAAAUUGUAAUCUAUGUGCCCUGCAAAAUAUUGUAUGGUGGCAAGGAAAUACUAGAGAUGCCUGGAACAGAUGAUUCGGAUCCAAUUGCUAUGGAUUUCAUUAGAAAUGCUCUUGAGGAGGUGGAUGCAGUGAUUCUGAUUACAGAAAAUGGCUUUAAAAUAUGUGAAAAAGAAGUUAAAGACAUGUUGUCUGAGAGCAGAUUUCUUCAAAAAUGCAUGGAUGACCCAGACAAUUACAAACUCCUGCUCCUUACAUACCCAGAAAAGAAUUCGAAAUGGCAGUUUGGAGUUCGUGACAAAGAUAAAAUACAGAAACUAGAGCAUGAAGAAAAAAAGAAAAGAGACAAAGAGCUAAAGGAAGUGAGAAAAAUGUUAAAUAUGGAGUCGGAUUCCUUUCAUGAAGAAUACAUUUUUACAUCAUACAUCUUGCCAGUCCUGCAUACUUCAAUCCUUGCACAAAAGGGGACAGAAUAUAAGGUCAUCGCUGAGAAUGAGAAGUUUUUGAAGAUCACUGGAAUAAAAAAUCUCAUUAUCCAGCUUGACGAGUUCGUGUUAUCAAGACAAAAAAACAGUUUUAAUGAGGUGAGGUUACAGCUUUCACAUUUUCACAGAGAAAUAAAUGGUGAAAUAAACAGGGAAGAGGCCAGAAAAAUAGUACAGACAUUAUCCGUUAAAAGUUUUAAAACCACAUUUGAAGAUUCCCUAAAUGAAAGAAGUGAACAAUUAGAGAUUAAGCUAAGGAAAAAUAUAGAGCAAAUGCUGUGUGAUUACGUAAAAGAACUGGUAAAUGGAAUUUUACCUGAAAUAGAAUCAAAAGCAGUGGCUAAGUGGAAAUCUGCUCAGGAUCAAGUAACUACAAUUGGUGUGUACAGUCCAUACUUUUGUGGUAAAAACCCUAUAUACAAGGUGUGUCUGUUCAACAUUCUUUUUGAUGACCUGGCAAUAGAACAAAACUCCAUUUUCACUGCAAUUUUAGAUAAGAUUAAUCAGUUGCUUGACAACUACAAGAUCACAGCAAUAGCUCAUUUUACUAAAGAGCUAAAUACCUUGCUAAUUAAUCUGGGCAGUGAAACUAAAGUUACAUCAGAAUUUGUGAAAGGAGUCAUUGAGGAUGUCCUGACCGAUGCACUGAAGUGGUACCUGGGUAAGAAAAAACUUCCAUUCAGUCAGAAGACAAUGAAAAAAUAUAUGGAAAAAAGUCAAAGGAGCAGUCUACAGGACAUCAUAUUGAAACCUAAUUUUAAAAAAAGUUCUUUGGAAGAGUCCAAGAAGAGAACAUCAGGUGAUAUUGCAAAAUGCUUUGCGCAAAUGAGAAAGGAUUUUAUUCAACGUCUUUUAGAUCUCCAUGGCCAGAGGUUUGGAACCUUUCAUGGAAAACUUUGGUUGCGUAAUGGAUCUUCAAAAAUUUGGCAGCAGUUGAUAUCGCACAUAAGAUCAUUGUCCAGAGACCGAGAUUUGGACAAUCAAAGUGACACAAUUAACAGACUGAUAAUAAUGCUAUCAGUAGAGUUCAACUAGGAGGUUAACUACAGAUGACCGGACUUUUCCAUUCUGGACCCAGAAAGAAGAAAAAGUCAUUAAUACCUUGUUUUUUAUUACAUACUUUACAUUUCUCUAGUACUAAUACAAAUAUUGCAACUGUAGUUGAGCAUUAUUACUAUUUUAGAUUUACUAACAAGAGAUUAUUAAGAAAAAAAAUUUUUUUACUGUAUUUUCCAACAUUUUGAUGUUGCCACAAAAUCUGCUUUCUUUCACUCUGCCUCACUUUGUAGUAAUGUUCUAAGGCUUAGCGUUGGAGAGAGAUAAAGUGGACAGAGAUAAAGUACCAACCAAUCAGCUCCUACAUUUGAUAUUUCAAACACAGUCUGUUACAUGGCAGUUAAAAACUGAUUGGCUGGUACUUUCUCCACUUUAUCACUCUCCAAGGCAUACCACAUCACCUGACAAGCACACCACAUAGACAUCUCAUUCAUAUUUACAGUGUGGGCAUUAUACAUGUGUUGUAUUUACCUUGUGAGAAAUGUGUUUAGGUGAGCCGCUUAAUAAGUGCACAAAAUGGAGUUUUAUAUGAAAUGCGUAAUCAUAGUUCUAAGAUGGUAAACGGCUCUCCUUAUAUAGCCCUAUUCUACAAUGGCUCCUUUCAUGUAUGCUUCCAGUUAUUUUAUCCUAUAAAAGGUAAUGGCUUUUUUAAGAAUUAGUACUAAGAUGAGCCUAUCACACUGUGCCUUUUGGUCUAGCCAAUUGGUCUGAAGUAUGGUAUGAUAAUUUAUGCAUUCUUAUACGCAUUAUUGCAUGUUUCCUUCUGUUAUGGAAAUAACAUAAUUCAUAAUAAAAAAACUGAUCUUCUUGGGACACAA